AUGUCAGUUUCAGCAACAUCAUCGCUAGUUGUUCCUCCAACCACAAAUAAUUCAUCUAGACGUUCGGCAAAUUAUCACCCCGACAUAUGGGGGGAUCAUUUUAUUCAAUGUCUAUCGGAACCUAUGGAAUUGGAUGAAAUAAUGAAGCAGAUUAUAAUGGUAAAAGAAAAGGUGAGGUUGAUGCUAGUCCCUACAAACCCCUUGAGGGAUGCUAAUUUGAUCGAUUCAAUCCAACGUUUGGGGUUAUACCAUCAUUUUGAGCUUGAGAUUGGUGAAUUAUUGCAACAUAUUCACAAUAAUUAUGUCCAAAAUGGAACGGUAACUCUUAAUCUUAACCAAGAUCUUCAAUCUAUUGCACUUGUCUUCAGGUUACUAAGGCAACAAGGAUACCAUAUUUUGCCCGGUGUUUUUGAGAAGUUCAAGAAUGAGCAAGGAAACUUCAAGGAAACACUUGUUGAUGAUGUUGAGGGAAUGUUAAGUUUGUAUGAAUCCACACAUAUGAGGAUUCAUGGAGAAGAUAUAUUAGAUGAAGCAUUUUCUUUCACUUCAUCACACCUUGAAAUAAUGACCACUCAAUUGAGUCCUUCUCUUGCUACUAAAAUUAGUCAUAGCUUAAAGAGGCCACUCUUCAAAAACUUGCCUAGACUAGUGGCAAGGAAUUAUAUUUCUACUUAUGAAGAAGACCCCUCUCAUGAUGAAACUUUGCUAUUACUUGCCAAACUAGAUUUCAAUCUGCUACAAAAACGACAUCAGAAAGAACUUGGUGAUAUUUCAAAAUGGUGGAAAGAAUUGGAUUUUGCAACAAAACUGCCAUUUGCACGCAAUAGAAUAGUUGAAGCAUACUUUUGGAUACUUGGAGUAUAUUUUGAGUCUCAAUACUCUGUUGGUAGAAAGAUAAUGACCAAAGUGAUCGCCAUGGCCUCAGUAAUUGAUGAUAUAUAUGAUAACUACGGUACAUUAGAAGAGCUUCAACUUUUCACUCAAGCAAUUAAAAGGUGGGAUAUGAGUUGCAUGGAUUUUUUACCUGAAUACAUGAAAUUUUGCUAUAAAGCCCUUUUGGAUGUUUAUGAAGAAAUGGAGCAAGAGAUGUUGAAAGAAGGAAGAGCUUUUUGUGUCAAUUAUGUAAAAAAUGAAAUGAUAAGAUUGGUCGAGGCCUACUUCACGGAGGCCGAAUGGUUCAGCAGCAAUUUUAUAGCAACAAUGGAAGAAUACAUGGCUCUUGGAAUAGUUACUUCUGGUUACUAUCUACUCACAGCAACAUCCUUUAUUGGAAUGGGAUGCAUUGCCACAGAAGAAGUUUUCAAAUGGUUAACCAAUAACCCAAAAAUUGUUAAUGCUUCAUCAAUAAUUUCCAGACUCAUGGAUGAUAUUGUUUCCAAUGAGUUUGAGCAGAAGAGAGGGCAUAGCGCCUCUUCUAUUGAGUGCUACAUGAAUGAACAUGAUGUGUGUAGAGAAGAAGCAAUCAAUGAACUUUCAAGACAGGUUACAUAUGCUUGGAAGGACAUCAAUGAAGAACUUCUUGAUUCAACUGAUAUACCAAAGCCUCUCCUUACGCGAGUUCUCAAUUUAGCACGUGUCAUUUAUGUGCUUUACAAAGAUGAAGAUUGCUACACUAAUUCUCAAGGAUCAACAAAGAAUGAUAUAAUAUCUAUCUUGAUGAAUCCAUGUCCAAUAUGA